GCGGCGCAGCUCUGCAGGGAGCGGCUGCACAAGCAGCCCAUGGGCGACAGGUACGUCGAGGUGCUCGCCUGCGUGGACCGCACGGCGAAGACGCGCCAGCGGCGCGCCGCGGAGGCAGGCGCGCCGGCGGGUGCGCCCGACGCCUGCGGUCCGGAGGGCGACUGCGAUCAGGAGAGGGUCCUGCAGGAAUGCCGCGACCACAUGCGGGCGCAGGGGCCCCAGUUGCUGCUGAGCAUGCUCGGCAUCGCGCUGUCGGAUCCGGCGCGGAACUUCCUCCGCCGCACGAACCUGGGCCUGAAGCACUUCCUCGCGCGGCAUCCGGAGGAGUUCCGGGUCGAGGGCCCGAAGGGUGGCGAGAAGGUGCUGUGGGCUGGCGCGGGAAUGGGGCACGAUUUCCAGAGCAUGAUGGCCGCCGAUCCCGCCAUGCAGUGGGCCCUGGCGGCAACCAUGAGGGACCGAGAGCCAG